GAGAAUACAAUGUAAAUGGGAAACAAUGUUUUUGUUUUUACUUAACAAGAUUUCUAAAAAUGUUUCGUAGUCAACUUAAACCCUCCUUUGGGUUAAGGACAUGAUGCAAGAGUCUAUUUGGCUAUGCACAAAAAGACAGGUGAAAUGUUUGCUUUGAAAGUCUUGACCAAUCUGUCACAAGAUCAUAUCAUAAAUCUCUAGCGAACGAAAUACAAAUACUUAAACGCAUUGAUAAUCCAGGAACAGUACUAUUGAAGGGACAUUCUGAAGAUUAUACUUGUGUUCUUUUGGAGUACAUGCCAAAUGACACAUUUUUAAAGAUAUUAAAAAAGGGACCUUUCCCAUUCCCUUUAGCAAAGACUCUGUCAGGCUAUCUAAUUAAAGUCUUAGGAACUCUUCAUACUGCUGGGAUUGCUCAUUGUGACAUAAAGCCAGAAAACAUUUUGAUUGCCGCUGAUUAUAAUCUCAAAUUGUGUGAUUUUGGAUUUGCAAGACUCUCAAAUUCAAAUUUAAGGCCUGCUGGAGGUACUCCUGGAUACACGGCCCCAGAAUUAUACAUCAAUGAAACAAUGAAUCUAUUUAAAUGUGAUAUAUUUGCUUUGGGAGUCGUAUUGUUUAUAAUAGCGAUGGGUUUCCCCCCAUUUUAAACAAAUGAUCCCAAUGCGAGAGAUGGAUGGUGGGCCUUAAUCUAUAACAAAUAGUAUGAUUUAUUCUGGAGUAAAUGCGAAAGUUUUAGAUAACAACAAUUUCCAAUCGAAUUUAAGACUUUGAUAAUGUCGAUGUUAGAAAGCGACCCAAAUAAGAGGAUAUCGUUGGAUAAAUUGUUAGAGCAUGAAUUCUUGAUGGGUGGAGCUACUGAGGAAGAAGUAUUGGUGGAGAUCGAGAAAAGAGUGAAGGAAUAAUUAUGAUUAUUAUUAGAAACAUAUUAAAUAACAAUUUAUUCUAA